AUGGCCGCGCGGGCUGCGCCCUGAGCCCGUCCCGCGCCCGCGGGCCCGGCCGAGCAGGAUAGCGCCCAGGGAUGCCUCGGUGGCCCGGAGCGCGGGGAACGGCAGCCGCGCGGUGAGGGCGGCGGCGCCCGCGGAACCCACGACUGCGAGGAACUGCUGCCGCCAUUGCCAACCCCCAUGGCCUACAUUCCGGGUGGGGGUGCCCCAGCAUCGGGGGUAGCCCCCCUGGGCUCCCAGUACUGCGUGUGCAAGGUGGAGCUAUCGGUGAGUGGCCAGAACUUGCUGGACCGGGAUGUCACCUCCAAGUCCGACCCCUUCUGUGUCCUCUUCACAGAGAAUGAAGGCAGGUGGAUCGAGUACGACAGGACAGAAACUGCAAUCAACAACCUCAACCCCGCAUUCUCCAAGAAAUUUGUCCUUGAUUACCACUUUGAAGAGGUGCAAAAGCUCAAGUUUGCACUGUUUGACCAGGACAAGUCCAGCACGCAGCUUGAGGAGCAUGAUUUCCUGGGCCAGUUCUCCUGCAGCCUGGGCACGAUCGUCUCCAGCAAGAAGAUCACUCGGCCUCUGCUGCUGAUGAAUGACAAGCCUGCGGGGAAGGGCUUGAUUACGAUCGCUGCCCAGGAGCUAUCAGACAACCGAGUCAUCACGCUGAGUCUGGCAGGCAGGAAGCUGGACAAGAAGGAUCUCUUCGGGAAGUCAGACCCAUUUCUCGAGUUUUAUAAACCAGGAGUUGAUGGCAAGUGGAUGCUGGUCCACAGGACUGAGGUGAUCAAGUACACGCUGGACCCUGUGUGGAAGCCUUUCACUGUGCCAUUGGUGUCCUUGUGUGAUGGGGACAUGGAGAAGCCCAUCCAGGUUAUGUGCUAUGACUAUGACAACGAUGGGGGCCAUGACUUCAUUGGGGAGUUCCAGACCUCAGUGUCACAGAUGUGUGAGGCUCAUGAUGGCAUCCCGCGGGAAUUUGAGUGUAUCAACCCCAAGAAGCAGAGGAAGAAGAAGAAUUAUAAAAACUCGGGCAUCAUUAUCCUGCGUUCCUGCAAGAUAAAGCGGGACUACUCCUUCCUGGACUACAUCCUGGGAGGCUGCCAGCUCAUGUUCACCGUUGGAAUAGACUUCACAGCCUCCAAUGGAAAUCCCCUUGACCCUUCCUCUUUGCACUAUAUCAACCCCAUGGGCACCAAUGAAUAUUUGUCGGCCAUCUGGGCAGUCGGGCAGAUCAUUCAGGACUACGACAGUGAUAAGAUGUUUCCAGCUCUGGGCUUUGGGGCACAGUUACCCCCAGACUGGAAGAUGAGGAAACUGAGGCUCAGAGAGGAUGAUCAUUCUGAGAUCCUUUCAACUUCCACUGCCCUGCCACUGCCAGGACUAGAGGGAACAGUAUCGUCUCCCAUGAGUUUGCCAUCAACUUCAACCCCACCAACCCCUUCUGCUCAGGUGUGGACGGCAUUGCCCAGGCAUACUCGGCUUGCCUGCCCCACAUCCGCUUCUAUGGUCCCACCAAUUUCUCUCCUAUCAUCAACCACGUGGCCCGGUUUGCAGCCCAGGCCACGCAGCAGCAGACAGCCACGCAGUACUUCAUCCUCCUUAUCAUCACGGACGGUGUCAUCAGUGACAUGGAGGAGACGCGGCACGCCGUGGUGCAGGCUUCCAGGCUGCCCAUGUCCAUCAUCAUCGUGGGUGUGGGUAACGCCGACUUCGCUGCCAUGGAGUUCCUGGACGGGGACAGCCGCACGCUACGCUCCCACACAGGGGAGGAGGCAGCCCGUGAUAUUGUGCAGUUCGUGCCCUUUCGAGAAUUCCGCAACGCGGCAAAAGAGACGUUGGCCAAAGCUGUGCUGGCGGAGCUGCCCCAACAAGUUGUUCAGUAUUUCAAGCAUAAAAACCUGCCCCCCACCAACUCGGAGCCUGCCUGAGUGCAGCCUUCGCCCAGCAGCAGCAUGCCGGCUGGGCCUCCCGCCCUCCCCAGGAACAUGCAUGUUCACCCUGCUUCCUUGUGGGUGGCCUUUUUUUUUUUUCUCCUUCAACCGAUCCACAUUUUUAUUUUUCACAACCGGACCUCCACCCCCAACUUCCUCCAGCCCAGCUGGGCUUCCUUUGUUGGAGUCGACUGAUGAUGCUUCCAGGCCAAACCGGCUUCCUCUCCUCCUCUCCCCACCUUUGCCACUCUUAAGUAUUGAAUGUACUUUGUAUAAUUUUAGUGGAAUUAUUGUUAUUAAAGAGAAUAAAAUUUUUACAAUCAUAACUGGCUUUUUCCAAGUAACUAGCUACAGACUCAAAGGAACAUGUCCCCGGUGCAUACUUUGUGUGGUAGCCUGCACCUAAUUCCUGCUCUGUUUUUUUAUACUGUGACAGUGUUCUAUUUGUUAUACUCAGGGUAAUAAAGGAGUUUCAAACA